AUGGACAAGCAGGAAAUGUUGAUUCUGUUAUUUUCUUUACUGUUUCUUCGCAACCCAGCGGAAGCUUUCGAAUCGCGUUCGUAUGUAAAGCCAGAUGGAGACCCGGACUGCACAAAUUUGACAGGUGUUUCUCAUGUUCCCUAUCACAAUGAUAUGGAUGAUUACGCGGAAGAAAAUUGCACAAAAAUAAAGACACCGUCUCAUAAUAAAGAGCAGACGGGCAACUGCACUCUUUGCGUUGGUCAUUACAUCUGUCAUUCUCUGUAUAAAUGUGUGAGUAAAGACUUUGUCAGGUUUUUUGGAAAUGGUAGCCAGGAAGAACCCGCAAGCGAAGAAAAAAAGGACAACGAGUCGGCUCUAGAUGCUGCUGACACUUCCUCCUCAGGAACUGGAACUGAGUCUCCUGAAGAAACCACUGGCGGCAGAACCAAUGUUAGAUCUAAUGUGGAAGAUGUGAAGGACGGUAAGGAGAAUGUGACCUCUCCUGAAGAAGAAAGCAGGGGCGCUCCACACGGUACCGCGGUUUCCCCUCUCGAGGAAAGAAGCCCGAACCCUACUGACAGAAAGAACCUACCACAUGAUCGCUUCCUCGCUUUAUUUACUGAACACUUUUUAAGCAAUUCUCAACUUGUGUUGAAUUUAAACAAUAAGAUUAUGCUUUCAGCGUUAUUUUUCUUGCUAUAA